GUCGUACAAGACCCUUAAAACCCCCAGAGUCGGGAAUCGCUGUAUUUCUGUUAGAGGCUAGGGUUUGCGGAGUUUCGGCCGUCUUCAGCUCUCAUCUCUCCGCAUAUUCCCUUCCUUUCCCGGGCCUCCACCCAAACCCAAAAAACAUGGCGGCAGCUCAAAUCAGCAAGAAGCGAAAGUUCGUUGCUGACGGUGUCUUCUUCGCGGAACUCAACGAGGUCUUGACCAGGGAGCUGGCUGAGGAUGGAUACUCUGGCGUCGAAGUAAGAGUUACUCCUAUGCGCACCGAGAUCAUCAUCCGAGCCACCCGCACCCAAAACGUUCUCGGUGAGAAAGGGAGGAGGAUCAGAGAGCUGACCUCAGUGGUUCAGAAGCGAUUCAAGUUCCCAGAAAACAGCGUUGAGCUUUACGCUGAGAAAGUCAAUAACAGAGGCCUUUGCGCAAUUGCUCAGGCCGAGUCUCUUCGGUACAAGCUCCUCGGAGGCCUUGCCGUCCGCAGGGCUUGCUAUGGUGUGCUGAGAUUCAUCAUGGAGAGUGGUGCCAAGGGAUGCGAGGUUAUUGUUAGUGGAAAGCUAAGGGCACAGCGUGCCAAAUCUAUGAAAUUCAAAGAUGGAUAUAUGAUUUCUUCUGGCCAUCCAGUCAAUGAAUAUAUCGACUCUGCUGUCAGACAUGUUCUUUUGAGACAGGGGGUACUUGGUAUUAAGGUCAAGAUCAUGCUUGAUUGGGAUCCCAAGGGUAAGCAGGGACCUACAACUCCACUACCUGAUCUUGUCACAAUCCACCCUCCUAAGGAGGAUGAAGGUACCAGGAACGUUGCACCUGAGCCAAUUGAUAUCGAGAUGCCAGUGGUGGCUUAACGUUCGACGAUUACUGUUCUGAUAGUUAUCGUUUUGAUUUUUGGAGCAUGUGAGUGUCUUUAAUUUUCCUUUUGUAGCAAAAAUUUACCCCUAAAUGCCUCUUCUGGAUUCUUUGAUGUUUCUCAAUUUUUGUUAUACUAAAGUUAGUAGUAAUUUUCUUUGAGGAAUUUUUA